AUGACGCUAUGGAGGAAGAAUAUUUCCGAUUACCGUGAGGCUCUGUCCCAGAGUCUCGAGGGAGAAUGUCAACAGAACUCAAAACCCCACAAGCUGGCGAAUCGUCCGCAGUCUCAAUGGAAGAAACCAAAAUUUGGCACCAUUAAGAUGAAUACCGAUGCGGCUUGGUGUAGGUCUUCUUUGCGAGCUGGAGUGGGAUGGGUGGGCCGUGACUUUGCGGGUCUGCUUCAAACUGCUGGAAGAUCGGGAUCUGGCUUUUGUCACAGUGCGGCGGCUGCUGAGGCAUGUGCUAUCCGGAGCGCUCUGUUGGCCUGCAUUGAUAACGGCUUUAAUAAUGUGGUAAUUGAAUCUGAUGCUUUAGUUAUUAUCCAGAUGCUAAAGAAAGAAUCUACACAAGACUACAGCAUUGAAUGCAUCCUUGGUGACAUCGAGAUUCUAGUACAGAGGUUCUGUGACGUUUUCGUUUAUGCCUAG